AUGAUCACCCCACAAGACCUAUCCCUCCUGUCAGACACCCUGCCUCCCUCCUGGGCCACUCCCGCCACAACCACCACCCCACCUACCGCCGCCGCCGGCACCGGCGCCUCCCCCGGCGCCGCGGGAGCCGUCGGCCCGGGCGGCUUCCCGGCGACUUCCGCCGAUCCCAUGCCGCUUCCCGACGCCCUGGCUCUGCUGCUGCUGCGCAUCGUGCCACAGCUGGCGCCGGCAGAGGAACGGGACUCGCAGCAGCAGCAGGAGCAGCAGCAGCAGCAGGAGCAGCAGCAGCAGCAGCAAGCCGGCGGCGCGGACGCGGCUGCGCUGUCGUCGGCGCCGCCCGCGCUGCGCGGCUGCGAGGACGACGCGCGGGAGGCGGCACUGGCUGCGGCGGAGCUGCUGGCUCGGCUGUCCGCCUCACCGGCGGCCCCAGGCGGUAGCGGCGGCGGAGCGGCGUCCGCCUUGGAUAGCCUGCUGGCAGGCGCGGCGGCGCGGGUGGCGGAGCGGGUGUGCGGCGGCGCCGGCGGCGGCCCGAGCGGGGCGGAUGGCGUCGGCGGCUGGGGCGCGGCUGAUACGAUGAGCGUUGACGGCGGCGGCGGCGGCAGUGGGGACGCGGCCGAGCCAGCGGCGGCGGCGGCUGGGGCGGCGGGGUCCCUGGAGGAAGGCGUCAUCAAUUUUGGCCUGAUCGGGCUGCUGGCGCCGGCGAUGCUAGGGUUCAAACCGUCAGACGGUGAUCCGGGUGAUCUGGUGGUGGCCUACCUCCCGUUUGUGAAGCCCUAG